AUGGAUAAUCAUUCUACAAGCAACAAAACUGUCAAAAUUCCACUAGAAAAUCCUGGUGUUGUAACGAUUAAUGAAAAUAUUGGAUCAGGUCAAGAUGUUAUUUAUAAUUCUACAUCUGAAACUGACACUGAUAAAACAGUUAAUAAUGAUGAUCUACCACCACCACCUAAAAGAAAACGUAAAAAUAAUAAAUUGAACAACCAAGCAUCAAAAGCAGUACAACCAUCACAAUCUUUACAUGCUAAAAAAAUUAACACAUUAUGCAAUAUUGUCAAAGAGAUACAAAAAGAUGUCAAGCAGUUGAAAAAUGGCAUCAUUCAAAAGCCUGCGGAUCUUGAGGGAGACUAUAAUAUCACACUGCCCAUAAAAAAAAUGAUCGACUUGGUGUCAUUAGAAAAAAAAUUAAAAGAAAAUAAAGACUGUCGUAAAGACGUUGUUAAUUACAUAAAACAGGUAGGUGAAGAAGCAAAGACCCUACCAGGUUUCACGAGGUGUAUUUUAAGAGCUUUUUUCAUCAGAAAAGUAGCUGUUAAAUUAUCAGCCGCAAGACAGGUGAAUGAAAAGUUCUGCAUGACAAAAGAAAUCCCAGUUACCAAGAAAUGCAUUUUAGAUGCACUCAAAGAAGGACGGUCAAAACUCAAAGAGACGAGUCAAUGUUUGUCUGUUUUAAGCAGCUGCUUGAAAAGAGCAACCGACUGGAAUCAAAAACAAAAAAAAAAACAAAAACUCCAGCUGAAAAUAUAAUAAGCCUUGCUGAGUAUGCUGAAACUGAAGACAUCAGUGAUGAUGACAAAGACAUUUCAUAAUAUGAAUAU